CGGCGCAUGCGCAGACAGAAGAGCAAAAUUAAACUGUUUACAAGCACCAGACGCACGCUGUAGCUACACAAGCCAUUGAAUUCUACAUUGACUGUGCUGUCAAACUUAGUUCAUGAAAUGGUGCGACGGUGUGCAUUUCCUGGAUGCCCGAACCGCGAGAAAUUAACAAGAAAACGUAAAAGUGCAUUACCAAUGUCGAAAGAUGAAAGGCUUACUUUUCACGUGUUCCCAACACAUGAUUCUGAGCGACUGAAACUAUGGCUGCUGACUAUCCGGCGGGACGUGAAUUUUCCGAUUCGAUACGUAAAACAAAUGAAGUUGUGCAGUGAACAUUUUUCACCAGACGACUUCAGACCCUGUCAAGGAACGCUACGACGCUUGAAAAGAACAGCUGUGCCCAAUCAGUGUUUACAUAACGCACAGGAGACUUCGAAUGCACCAACCCAGCUCAGUCAGGAGUCAGAAGGUUCUACACAGGACCCUAAAUCAGCCGAUCCUUUCCAGCCCAACCAGGACCCCUGUCCAGCAGAUUCACCUCCUACCAGUCAAUCCACACAAGCAACAGAUCUUUCUUUUUCACCUGCAUAUUUAGCUGAUGUUUGUUCCCGGCACUUCGGUGACGAUUGUUUUACAAACAAGGCCCAGUUCGACGCUGCUGGAUUUGCAGAUUGUCUGAAACUGAAAGAUGGAUCAGUCCCAGCGAUAAGAGAUCCCGAACACGGACCGCGGGCAAUCACGGAUCGUUCAUGUUUGCUGACCUUACGAAUAUCACCUGGCGGAAAGAAAAGGACUCGGACCCCUGAAGGGACGAGAGCGGAAAGGGAAAGAGACACAUGCCACGCUAAAACGAGAAUCGACAUCGGCGGAGCUUUUCCAUUGUGGCGAAAGGUUGGAGAGCAAAUGGGAUUUAAAAGUGACCCGGAGAUGGCUUUCUUCUUGCUACAGAGGGUUUGCGGUGAAAAUGUUUUAGUUCCACGACGACGGAAAUCAACACAUGUACCCGCUCCACAAACAGAGGGAUCGUUUCAGGAGUCUGAGGGUGAUUCGACUCAUCCCAGUGAUGAAGAUGAAGACAUGGAGGCCUCAGAGAUCUGCUAUGAAGUCUCUCCCUCACAUCCAAAAGAUGAAUUAUCACAGAACAGACUAAAGUCUGAAGACCAGAUAAAGUCUGAGAAUCAAUUGAUGUCUGAAGACCAGCUCAAGACUAAACAUCAGCUGAUCUCUGAAGACCAGCUCAAGACUGAACAUCAGCUGAUGUCUGAAGACCAGCUCAAGACUAUACAUCAACUGAUGUGUAAAGACCAGCUCAAGACUAAACAUCAACUGAUCUCUGGAGACCAGCUCAAGACUNUGGGUCUUCAGACAUCAGUUGAUGUUCAGUCUUGA